UGUGUGUGGUUGCCCACAGUGGUGUGCUGCAGUCCGCUCUCCGUCGUAGUUGAGUAAACUACACGGACAUUAGCGGCCGCAGCGGCUCAGCCACCGAGCCGGAGUGAAUUAAAGCCGCUCGAUAAACGACCGUGUGACCGAGUGAGAGAGAGAGAACCCCCCGGUGCGUAACAGCGAGUCCUCCUCACCACUUCUGCGGUCACAGAGGGACCAGGCUCCGGGUGAACGGAGUUGUAGUGACCGUGAAACACUGAGCGCCAGACGGGGGAGAGAGAGAGAGAGAGCUCGGCGGGAAUGGCUUCAUCUCCGUGCGGCAACAGCAACUUCGAUUCCGGUCUGGAAAUCAAAACUCGCUCGGUGGAGCAGACGCUUAUUCCUUUAGUAUCCCAGAUCACCACUCUGAUCAACCAUAAAGACAAGCCCAAGAAGUCUGAGCGCACCCUGGCAGCCAUACACAGGGUGGGCCAGGCAGUGAGUGUGGCGGUGGGACGCUUUGUUGCUGUUGGGGAAGCCAUCGCCACUGAGAACCAAGAGCUGAAGGAUGAAAUGGGCCAAGCCUGCUUCGAGGCACGCAGAGCAGGUGAUGCCAUAGCCCAGCUGACAGAUGUGGGAUCGGUGUUGCCCUCCCAGUCAGAUGGAUGUGUCACCGUGUUCAGUGAUAGGACAGGGAUGGUGAAAGCUGCGCGCUUGCUCCUCUCUUCAGUCACUAAAGUGCUGGUGUUAGCUGACCGCAUCGUUAUCAAACAGAUAAUCACAUCACGGAACAAGGUCCUGGUAACCCUUGACCAUCUGGAAAGAGUCAGCACCUUCCAGGAAUUUGUUCAGAUUUUCAGCCAGUUUGGCAACGAGAUGGUGGAGUUCGCCCACCUCACUGGAGACAGACAGAACGACUUGAAGGAUGAGAAGAAGAAAGCGCGGAUGGCAGCAGCCAGAGCGGUGCUGGAGAAAUGCACUAUGAUGCUCCUCACAGCCUCCAAGACUUGCCUGAGGCACCCAGAUUGCGAGUCGGCUCGCAUCAACAAAGACGCAGUGUUCCACCGAAUGCGCUGUGCCCUGGAGCAAGUCAUCGAGAUAGUCACAGAAGCACGGAGCUGUGGGGAGAACAAGAUCCUUCCUGCCAGCAUCUACAACGGCAUCAAGGACUUCAAGUCCAGUGUGGAGUGCCUGCGGGAGAACCUGUACUCCUCAUCACCCCAGAGCGUGGGCAGCCAGCUGGAGGCGUUGGUGGAGCGGACAGAGGAUUUCACAGACUCGGCCUACACCAGCCACGAGCAGCGGCAGGCCAUCCUCAGCGUGUGCCAGCUGGCGCGCCAGGACACUCAGCAGCUGAUGAACGCCUGGAUUGAGGCGCAGUCUGUCCACGCCAAAGAGGCCACGGAGGACAUGGAGGUGGCCAUCCUGAAGACAUGCCAGAGCGUCAGUGAACUCAGACGUGAGCUCCAUAAAGUGGCCGUCGGUCGUGCCUCAGACCUGCUGAAAGUUCACGGAGAGCAGUUGCCUCUGCGGGCCCUGAAAGCCGCAGGGGCCGAGGGAAACCUUGAGGCAGUGGCUGAAUAUUCGCGCACACUCACCGAGCAGAAGGAGCAACUGGUGGAGACCUGUCGGCUGUUGUGCCAUGUGUCUGGGAGUGAGCCUCUGGAGAUCACCUGUGUACACGCUGAGGAGACCUUCCAUGUCAUUGGUCCACAGAUCAUGUCGGCAGCUCAGACGCUGGCCCUCCACCCGUCCAGUAAGAUCGCCAAGGAGAACCUGGAGGUGUUCUGCGAGGCCUGGGAGUCGCAGCUCUGCGACAUGGCCCUGCUACUGAGAGAGAUCAAUGAUGUCUUUGAAGGCAGACGAGGAGACAAAAGACCUUAUUUGUCACUUCCCAGACCCGGGAAACACUUGGUUAACUUGAAGACUGCCAAGGCUGUCAAGUUGGAUGCGGAGGAGCAAACAAGUAUGGCCAAGCUGGGCCUGGAGAUCCGUCUGCUGUCAUCAGACGUGGACACAGAGGUGGAAAAGUGGGAGGAACAAGAACAUGACAUUGUCCGGCAGAGCCAAAGCUUGGCCAGUAUGGCCUACAACAUGUACCUGUUCACCAGAGGGGAGGGGCUGCUGAAAACAACACUGGAUCUUUUUCAUCAAGCUGAGGUUCUUUCUGAAGAGGGGCUCCAGCUGUGCACAGCGCUCCGCACGUUUUCUACUCAGCUGGUUGAUGAGGAAAAGUCUGCGGUGAUGACAGAGAUGGAGAAACUGGUGGCAUUGUGCCAGCAGCUGCAGAUGGGGGCCAAAACUCCUGUACAGGGCAAGACUGCCACCUUCCAGAAGGUGGACUCAUCCAUUCAGACGACGAGAGGCAUCUUGGCUGUGGUUCUCUCCCUCCUCCCAUUCUGUAACAAGCUCAAUAAAAAGUACAAGUCAGAGAGAAGUAGCCUGGGGUCCCCGCAUGACUGGAGAGAGAGGCAGGAUGCGUCCACACCUGUCAAAGAGGAGGGAGCUCUCAACAGCAUGAGCAGCAACGGCUUUGGUGUCAAGUCACUGGAGCAGCACAUGGCCGGUCUCAACCUGCUGGAGAGCAAAUAAUCCAGGAAACAGUCGCCCACUGAUUUGUAGACUAUUCUCCCUCGGAGCAGCACAUAGACCAACUCACCUUUCUGGAGAACGUGUAAUCCAGGAAAUACUUUACUCCCCUCAUCCUCAUUCACCCACCACAAAGUGGGCCAGCUUUGGGUUAGUUUGUAUUUGCUGCCUGGAGGGUGAAUUUAUAAGGUUUACAGAAAUAGCAGCUCAAAGCUCUCUGUGCCCGGAGGGUAGUUUGUAACCUGAAGCACCAGUUCCACCCCAAUCCACAAGAUGGAGACAAUCAGCUAACAGUAAGACUUUGCCAUCAGUAUCAAGCCUUUUCUUGCACAAGCCUGAUUAUUGCAAUCACUCUUCAUUAAGUUGAUAAACUGUUGGUGAACCAGGAAGGAAGUCCACUUAAUGUUCAGCUCGGCCAUACAUACGUCUUCACCACGUGCCUCUGUGUAAGAAGCCUGUUUGCUUUGUGGUGUACUGUAAACGUGUUGCACGUUUGCCGUUUGCAUGAUGUCAUCGUCACCAAACCCUUGUGUUCCAGUCUCAUAUGAUUAUUGUGCCAUAGGCUUGUAAUGUUGAUACUUGUUAUGUAAUUUUAGCCAUUGUUGUACAUUCUGUCCUCGAUGCACUAUAGUCAGCAUCUCAUGUGCAUAAUUACUGCAUAGUUAAGUAUUUUAAAAGUGAAUUACACUGUAUGAUUAAUAUCUAAUUUUUAUAGGAUAUAGACCAUCCUCCAUGUGCCAUGUUAGGAAACGCAAAGAAUAAAACACAAUUUAAUGCCAAAUAUGAUUGUUCACAUCAAGACACUCAGAUCUUUAGCUUGCUACUAGUAUGAAACGUAAAAGCUCUUAGUCCUCCAGUGUUAAUUACUGGACACAUUUUUAUUUAACCCUGGUUUCUCGGCUGCUUAAGAUUAAUCUCAUCAUGAGAUGCUUUAGGACCUUACGUUAUUAAGUUCCCGGUCUUGUCAAACCACAUUCUGUGUCAAUAAUUCUCAUUUUCUCACAAGAGAUGACAGAUAAUUCUGAACUGGCACCGGUGUCUAACAGAGCCUUGAAGUGUACUUGUUAUGAAGACUAUCAUUGUGAAGCUGCCUAUGUAUUGAG